AUGUCGAAACUUAACAAAGAUGUGAUAUCCCUAAUAGUAAAAGAAUUGUAUGAUAAAAAUAAUACACUUUAUUCAUGUCUUUUAGUUAACAGGUCUUGGUAUGAAACGACUGUACCAAUUUUAUGGAAGGAUCUUUAUCGAUUUCUCUUAAAAGACAAAGCACUUAACAUUAUAAUUAAUGUGAUACUUUCAUAUUUAUCAGAAGAAUCAAGUGAUACUAAUUUGAGGAAUCAAGAUAUUGUACUUAUAAAUACAUAUCAACAACCUUUAUUUUAUUAUAUUAGUUAUUGGAAAUAUUUAAAUUUAGAUGUAUUAGAAAGAAUGAUAGAGGGUUUUGUAAUAGAUAAAACAAAUAUUGAUCAUUCCAAAAUUCCUAUUAUAGAAUCAGAAAUCAUAAAUAUAUUUAAUAGGAAUACAAAAUUUUUUUUCGGGUACAGAACUUUGUAUGGAUCCUUUUGUAGUAAUUCUAUUAGAAGCAACGACAUUUUAGCAGAAGAAUUGGAUAUAUUAAAUACAUCAAUUAAAAGUUUGAGUUUUGAUAUUUUAUGUGAUGGUGAUAAUCCUGAUAUCAUUAAAUUAAUUGAAAGUCAAAAAAAUUUAAAAAAAGUUAAAUUAUAUUUGCCGAUUAAUAAUGAAACAAUUGUCAGACCAAUUGAAGAGUCACUAAUUAAAUGUGCCGAUACUAUUCAAUAUUUGAGAAUAAAUUGGAGACCUGACACAAAAUUAUUUUCAUAUCUUGAAAAUUUAUUAAGUUUAGAAAUAAUCCAGACACAAAAAUUGGAAUUAUUUGGAAAAGAUAUCUUUACCUCUUUCAAAAUAUCUAAAAGCUCAACGCGUCCCAUCUAA